UCAAACUCUGGAAUGGCGUCCUUCUUCAUGUUUUGUCUCAUAUUCAUCACACUUACAGUACCACAAUCGAAGGCCCAAAGCACGUGCACGACACAAAACUUCACAAACAACAAACAAUAUGAUCAUUGUAACGACUUACCUCAACUCGGCUCUUACCUACACUGGAAUCUUGACACCGUGAAUAACACGGUGUCAAUUGUAUUUAUUGCACCACCAGCCACCCCAGACGGUUGGGUUUCUUGGGCUAUAAACCCAACCGCUGAUGGGAUGGUUGGUUCACAGGCAUUAGUUGGUUAUAAAGCAACUAAUGGAAAUAUGGCUGUAGAUACUUAUAAUAUAAGUUCGUAUUCAGAUUUUACAAAAGGGAAGUUGGCUUUUGAUGUGUGGGAUAAAACAUGUGAGUAUCAAGAUGGUAUGAUAAGGAUAUUUGCAACAAUUGAGUUGCCAGUUAAUGGGGAAACGACGGUUAAUCAGGUGUGGCAAGUUGGGGGAAGGGUGUCGUCGGGUGGGUUUCCGGCUCAACAUGCUUUUCAAGCCGGAAAUUUGGCGUCUAAAGGAAGUUUGGAUUUGUUGAGUGGCGAAAUUUCUGGUGGUGGAGAUGGCAAUUCAAAAACCAAAAAAAGAAAUAUUCAUGGGAUACUAAAUGCAAUAAGUUGGGGGAUUCUUUUUCCAUUGGGGAUAAUGAUAGCUAGAUACUUGAGAACUUUUCCGGCAGCUGAUCCAACAUGGUUUUACAUACACGGGUUCUUGCAAGUCUCGGCUUACGCUAUUGGGGUUGCUGGUUGGGCUACUGGGCUCAAGCUAGGAAGUGAAUCAAAAGGUGUCAGAUAUUCCAGCCAUCGGAAUAUUGGAAUAGCUCUCUUUUGUCUUGCAACACUCCAGGUUUUGGCAUUGUUCUUUAGACCGAAAAAAGGGCACAAAAUCAGAUUUUACUGGAACAUAUACCACCACGGAACAGGGUAUGCAGUAAUAGUUCUUGGCAUACUGAAUGUGUUCAAGGGCCUUCAAAUCUUGUCGCCUGCAGGCAAUUGGAAAACAGCCUACAUAAUUGUAAUCUCUUCUUUGGGAUUGACUGCAUUGGUUUUAGAAGCAUUUACAUGGAUUAUUGUGUUCAAGCGGAAGUCUAGGAAGGCAUCUAAACCCUCUACCAAUGGUCAGGCUAAAGAGCAUUCGACGGCACCAUAAUUUAAAGGUAGACCGUUUUCUUUUUACCUUUAUGAAUUCAUUCAUUGUGCCUUUUUAACACUUAAUGGUGUGCAUUUGUGUCUUUUAACUUGGCUUAUUGAUUAGCUUAAUUUGUUCAUUGUGAUUA